UCUAAACCCCGGAUUUGAUCCACUUCCUGUCGGAUUGUGAGGCCAGCAGCAGCCGGGCGGUGCGGGCCCGGAUCCGGUUCCCCUCGGUGUGUUUGCCGUUGCUAGGCCGGUGUUUGGCUCUGUCUCUGCGGACUGUGUGGGAGCUAAGCUAAUGUUAGCCGAGCCGCUACAUUAGCCGGCUGCUAUGAGCUUAAUUUAACCGUUAAAAGACGCUUUGAGGGCGCAGGCUGGUUCACCGCCUGCUGUCAUCCAGCGCUGCCCCGGGUCGGUUGGUUGCUAUCGGCUGCGCCGCAUCCAGUUAGAACCGGUCUGCCUCCGCCUGUUAGCCGCUUCCUGAGCUCUGGAUCCCAGCAGCUGACGGCUUUCUGCGGCGGUUGGCUCUCCUUAAGGUGAUUUUAAAGUUGGGGGCGUCUUCCCAGGUAAAGGAUCUCUGAAGCUGUGCUCGUCAGACCCGAGGUGCCAGGAGAACCGGACACGGCGUCCCGACAUGUCCAAGGCCAAGAGCUCCGAGUCCGUCAAGGUGGUGGUCCGCUGUCGCCCCAUGAACGACAAGGAGAAGGCUUCAAAAUUUGAAGCGGUGGUUUCAGUCAACGUGAAACUGGGCCAGAUUAUGGUCCGGAACCCGCGGGAGGCCGGAGCGCUCCCCAAAGUCUUCACCUUUGAUUCGGUUUACGACAGCAGCUCCAAACAGAUCGACCUGUACGAUGAGACCUUCAGGCCGCUGGUCGACUCGGUUCUGCUGGGCUUCAACGGAACCAUCUUCGCUUACGGCCAAACGGGGACGGGGAAGACCUACACGAUGGAGGGAGUGAGAAACGACCCAGAGAAGAGAGGGGUGAUCCCCAACUCCUUCGAGCACAUCUUCACGCACAUUUCCCGCUCCCAGAACCAGCAGUACCUGGUGAGAGCGUCGUAUCUGGAGAUCUACCAGGAGGAGAUCCGGGACCUGCUCUCCAAAGACCAGUCCCACCGCCUGGAGCUGCGGGAGAGGCCCGACACGGGGGUGUACGUGAAGGACCUGUUCUCGUACGUCACCAAGAGCGCGCAGGAGAUCGAGGGCGUGAUGAAUCUGGGCAACCAGAACCGGUCUGUGGGAUCCACCAACAUGAACGAGCACAGCUCUCGCUCUCACGCCAUCUUCGUCAUCACGGUGGAGUGCAGCGAGCUGGGCGUGGACGGAGAGAACCACAUCCGGGUGGGGAAGCUGAACCUGGUGGACCUGGCGGGGAGCGAGCGGCAGACCAAGACGGGCGCUCAGGGCGAGAGGCUGAAGGAAGCCACCAAGAUCAACCUGUCGCUCUCGGCCCUGGGGAACGUCAUCUCUGCUCUGGUGGACGGCAGGUGCAGCCACAUCCCCUACAGGGACUCCAAGCUCACCCGCCUGCUGCAGGACUCGCUGGGCGGGAACGCUCGCACCGUCAUGGUCGCCAACAUCGGCCCCGCCUCCUACAACAUGGAGGAGACCCUGACCACGCUGCGCUACGCCAACAGGGCCAAGAACAUCAAGAACAAGCCGCGCAUCAACGAGGACCCCAAGGACGCCCUGCUCGGGGAGUUACAGGAGCAGAUCGCCAAACUGAAGAAGCAGCUGGAGAAACGCAUGGGCAAGAAGAAAAGGAGGAGGCGGAGAAAGAGGGACGGGAGCGACGGAGACGAGCUGGAGGACGGAGAGACGGAGGACGACGAGUCUGAGGGAGGAGACUACUGGAGAGAGCAGCAGGAGAAGCUGGAGCAGGAGAAGGUGGCCAUCUUGGAGGACCACAGCCUGGUGGCUGAGGAGAAGGAGCGGCUGCUGAGGGAGAAGGAGAAGAAGAUGGAGGAUCUGAGGAGGGAGAGAGAAGUGGGAGAGAUGCUGGCAGCUAAAGUCAAGGCCAUGGAGAGCAAGCUCCUCGUAGGCGGAAAGAACAUCGUGGACCACACCAACGAGCAGCAGAGGAUGCUGGAGCUGAGGAGGCAGGAGAUCGCAGAGCAGAAACGGAGGGAGAGGGAGAUGCAGCAGCAGAUGGAGAGUCGAGACGAGGAGACGCUGGAGCUGAAGGAGACCUACAGCUCUCUGCAGCAGGAGGUGGACAUCAAAACCAAGAAGCUGAAGAAGCUGUUUUCCAAGCUGCAGGCAGUGAAGGCGGAAAUCCAGGACAUCCAGGAAGGACACAUCAAGGAGCGGCAGGAGCACGAGCAGACCCAGAACGAGCUCACCAGAGAGCUCAAACUCAAACACCUGAUCAUUGAAAACUUCAUCCCACUGGAGGAGAAGAACAAAAUCCUCCACAGGGCUUUCUACGACGAGGAGGAUGAGAGCUGGAAGAUGAAGGCCAUCAGCCGCACCGAUGAGGACCAUCAGAUGAUGUCACGGCCGCCGUCCGCCGUCAGCUACAGGAGGCCUCUCAGUCACUUCGCCCUCACCUGCCAGAGGAUGAACUCUGACCCAAGAUACAAAGCUGAAAACAUCCUGAUGGUGGACCUGGACCUCCCCGCAAGGACCACUAAAGACUACCAGGAGCCAGUUAUUGCCCCACAGGUGGCAGCCGCCCUGGAGGACGCCCUGAGAGACGAGGAUGAGGUCCAGGUAGACGCGUCAGGCUUCCGCAGCAGCCUGGGUGCGGCCCCGCCUGCCAGCGGCAGCCUGAAGAAGUCGAAGUCUGGCCGGCCGACAACCAGGAAGAAGCCCAGCACGCCGGCCUCUCCCAUCAGCCCCCGCGGUCCAGGAUCCGCCCUCUACCCAAAGCCCCGCGGCCUGGUGCCCAAAUGACGCCUCCCUCCCCCCUCCUUUUUU